AUGACGGGCCAACAAAGCAGCUGGUGGUCUCGAGUGAGCGGUACAGGCAAAGUCGGCUUCGACAAGGCCUGGAAUCUCGUCGACAAACUCGGUGCUCCCGUAAACAAACUGAGCAACAAGCUGGGCUCUGAAGCCUUCUGGCCCACCACCCUCGACAAGGAGAGCGACAAGGCCGCGCGCAUCCUGCGCAGUUUUUGCAAGGAUGGCUUCUACCAAGAAGAAACAACCGCGACUGCCGACGGUCCCAAAGCAAAGCAAAGAGUCCUCAAACGCAUUCCACCAGAGGUCAUCAAGAAUGCAAAAGGCCUCGCCAUCUUCACAACCAUGCGCACCGGUCUCUGGAUCUCGGGCGCCGGUGGUUCCGGUGUUUUGGUCGCGAGAACUCCAGACGGCAGUUGGUCGCCCCCUUCAGGCAUCAUGCUUCACACUGCCGGCCUUGGUUUCUUGGUCGGUGUCGACAUUUACGACUGUGUAGUCGUCAUAAACUCCCAAAAGGCCCUUGACGCUUUCUCCAAAAUCAGAUGCACCUUGGGUGGAGAAGUCAGCGCUGUCGCCGGACCUGUGGGUGCAGGCGGCGUGCUCGAAACCGAAGUCCACAAACGACAAGCCCCCAUAUUUACCUAUUUGAAGUCGCGUGGCUUCUACGCUGGUGUUCAGAUCGAUGGUACCGUUGUCAUUGAAAGAACCGACGAGAAUGAGCGCUUUUACAAUGAAAGGAUCUCUGUCGGCGACAUUUUAGCUGGCAAGGUCCGCCAUCCCCCCUACGAAUGCCGCCCUCUUCUUGAGACUAUCAAAGCCGCUCAAGGCGAUAGCAACGUCGACCAAUCUGUUCUCCCAUCUGCCCCGCCGCCGAGUGACUUGGAUAUCGAGAAUCCCGAUCACUUGUUUGGCAUUCCUGACAAAGAAGACCCCGACCCGUACGGCGUCCUGGCUCUUGAGAAAGAAGGAAUGAGCAUUCGCGAAGCAGGAACACAAAAACGAGCCAGCUGGGAACAGUUCAAUUUCCAGCCUGCCCCGACUAGCCCUAUAUUCAACACCUUUAGUCGACAGAGCUUGGACAAGAAUGGCAACCGCAAUCGCAGCAGUAGCAAUUCUACAUGGAAGAAUUCUAACCUCUCACAAACUGCCAUUUCGACUGCUAGCACAGCAGUCGAGCAACCCAAGCGCACAAGUGUCACACGCUCCAUGUCGGACAUGUGCACACAAACAGAUUUUCCCGAACCUAUCAGCCCACGCGUGGGCAGCUUCCGCAGCCGCCAAAGCAGUCUCCACGAGAUUGCCGAGGACAGCACUGUUGCCUCUGAGCAGCGUCCUAAGAUCGCUCGCAACACGAGCUCGCACUCCAGCCGUUCAAGCCCGAGACGUUCUUCAUUCCGCUCGUCGCAUCGCCGCACUGACAGCGGCAGCGACUCACGCUCAGAUUCACCGCCACAACAGGCGACCCCCGCAAAACCAGAACACAAGGAUAUUGCAGAAGAAAGCUUUGAUGAUGUUGAUGCAGACGGUGAGGACACCGCUGACGAAGCCGUUAUCGAAGAGCCUGUCGUGCACUCGGUUCAGAAGGCUACAGCCCCUCAAUUCAUCUCUCGUGCUCGUCUUGUUGAGGUCCCCAAGCGUAUCGCACCAAAACUCCCUCCUCGCAAUCCCAAUCGUGGCAACGGUCCAGUAGUAAUUGGCGCCGAAUCUGGAACCCCACGACCUUCUUCCGCAGAGUUCUCAAGCCCUGCAGAGUCACCCCUCAAAACCAACAAGCCUGACUGGAGUGCACCUGCCAGUCCUAACAAGCUGGAUGCUGACAGUCCCGGAUUUGAUCUUGGAACAGCACAGAAGAAAUGA